GUGAAAUUUUCCACUACGACGCGAUUAGUGACUUACAGUUAGCGCAGAGAACCUCCACUGAACCUCAAGACUAAUUCAGGCAUUCCAGCUCAGGACAGGCCUGAGGAACUAACUAACUAACUAAACCCGGGUAACCCUUCAAAACAGGCUUGAGCUCAUCUAAAGCAACGCUUGCUUGCUUCUGUCAGCUUGAAGCAGUGAUGGACUUCCUUGCUGGAUGCAUUGGAGGUGCUGCCGGGGUCCUCGUCGGACAUCCGUUUGACACGGUUAAGGUUCGUCUUCAGGUCCAGAGUGUGGAUAAACCGCUUUACCGAGGGACUUUUCACUGUUUCCAGUCCAUCAUACGUCAAGAGUCAAUGUUUGGCCUUUAUAAAGGCAUUGGGUCGCCCAUGAUGGGCCUGACGUUCAUCAACGCCAUCGUCUUUGGUGUUCAGGGCAACACCAUGCGCAUGUUGGGCGAGGAUACGCCCAUGAACCAGUUCCUAGCCGGAGCGGCGGCCGGCACCAUCCAGUGCGUGAUCUGCUGCCCGAUGGAACUGGCCAAGACCCGAAUGCAGAUGCAAGGAACGGGCGAGAAGAAGUCGUCCUCUCGGAAGGUCUACAAAAACUCGCUGGACUGCCUGGCUCGCAUUUACCAGCGCGAGGGUUUGCGAGGAGUCAACCGAGGAAUGGUUACGACUCUCAUCCGAGAGACGCCGGGAUUCGGCGUUUAUUUCCUUGCGUAUGACCUCCUGACGCGUUCGCUGGGAUGCGAGCCGGAGGAUCCGUACAUGAUUCCCAAACUGCUGUUCGCCGGAGGCAUGUCGGGAAUCGCGUCUUGGCUUUCGACGUAUCCUGUGGACGUGAUAAAAUCCCGACUCCAAGCCGAUGGGGUCGGCGGAAAGUACCAGUACAGCAGCAUCAUGGACUGCACAAGGAAGAGCAUCCAGCGCGAAGGUUGGCGGGUUUUUACGCGUGGACUUACUUCCACUCUUUUACGGGCUUUUCCGGUCAACGCAGCCACUUUCGCUACUGUCACGCUCUUCCUUUUGCACGUACGUCCGGACGAGGGAUCGAAAGAUUGCGAAGCGGCUCCAGCUUCGCAUCAAGCGCCGUUGCAGCAGCAAGCACAACCGUCCAGUCUGUGAGUAACCUCAUCUUUCUGGGAUAUUGACUAGCGUAGCACUUCCCAAAAUAAUGGCUGUUACUAAACAAACAGUUGCUGUGCAUUGAGCACAUCUGUCCACUGUAAAAGGAAUUGCACAACCUUUCUAUCCAUACAAUGACUUGAGCUCUGCAUCUGUAAAUAUAUAUAUUUUUUAUUUUCAAUGAUAUUUAACAAACACGUUCCCUGUGUCUGCCUUACGAGAGCUGAAAGAAUCCGACCUCUGAAAGUAAGAGUUUGCAUGUUGAUGUAAUAAACUGCUCCUUUUGUUGUUACUUGGCAGAACUAGUAAAACUUGCUUUGACGCUGCAAAUUAUUGCUACACUGAAGAGAAUCCAGUGUCUAAACAAAUCCUCAAGUUUAGUUAGGGUGGACACCAGUUGAUGUGAACGAAAGGAGGAAGUGACGUGUGGAUGUAGAACGUAGGUUGUGCUGUCUUAAGGUUUUAGGUCAUUUGUGUUUUCCACUGGAAAGUUUUGGAAAGGUGCAUUUUGGAAAAGUAGUUACCAAGGUCCUUCCCAGCCUCGUUUUUGUUUGCAUCAAACUUAACAUGGCCUCUACCCCUGACUAAGUUAAUACCCCGGACAUAGAUUAAAUUUGUACUCUCAACCCCACCCAGUCAUGGACAAAUAUGAUUUUGGCACUGGAGAAUAUAGUCUUUGUUAUUAUGAUGUUUUUAAUCUGAGGAGUGAGAACCUCCUUUUAGUGGAAGCUGCUGGUGAAAUUGCCUAAAAGGUUGCGAUAUCUUGGCUCACUGUUAAAGUUGUGAAAUGAAUAUGGUAGACAGUAGACACCAAAUUACGUUUGCUAAAGUUUCUAAAUCACUAAUGUGACAUUUGAGGAACUGUUGUUGUCUACUGAUGUUGUCUACUUGAAUUGUAUUAGCCUGAAUUCAUUUGGUUCCUAGUGUACUGGAAAGAGAAUAAACCAAAGGUUUUUGCCCGACAAAUCAAACUCUGUCCCCUCAAUGUAAGCCCUGAAUUUGUGGCAUAUUAUCUACAAAAUUAAUGCAAUAUUUGCAUGUUUUCUGUAACUUAUUAAAGUGUUUGGAUACAGGUUGUAUCUGGGCCAGUGGAGGUCCACUGUAACUAUAUCUAAACUGCUGUUAGAGUUUUGAAUGAUCUGCUGUGUUUAAGUAACAUCUUUUGAUUUACUGAAGCAUGUGGGUUGUCUCUGUAAGAUCAAUAUAUUUUAUGUUUGUAUAUAUCGAGGCUGGAAUUUUCUCAGCAUAUUGAAAGAUGUGUAAAUAGAAUUGCAUAUGUUUGAUUUCAGAGUGCUGAAUGUAGGAGACUAAAACAUGCACUUGGGAAAGAAGUAGACAAAAGAGGUUUGCCUGGCUUUUAAAGAAUGUGCUGCUCUUUUUGUAACUGUUACGGAUUGUAUGUUGUAUUAAAUGUAAAUAUGUAGUUUUUAUUAAACUGUAUGUUACAGAGUUAGAUUGGUUGCAAAAGUACUAAAGUGGUUUUAAUUUGAGUAGUUUUAGUUUUCUUUCUUUUUCAGGUUUGUUGUUACUGCUGUUGCUGAACGGAUGGAUCAGUAUUGAAUCUGAUGAAAUGUCUGUCCUAUUUUUGUAUGAAAAAG